AUGUCUUAAAGCGAUAUAGAAUUUUUAGAGAAGUAUCAUCUUCAAUCCAAGGAUUAAGCUCUUUCUACAUUAGUAAAAGGAUCACAAGAGUAUAUAUAUUAUACUCUCCUCAAAUCCUUGAAUGAACAACAAUCCAAUCUGAAUGAAGAUUAAAAAACACUUUUAAAGAAUCUAAAAUCUAAUUCCGAUAAUUUUAAGAAUAUUGAGUUUCGAUCUCUCAUGCUUGAGUUUGACAGUCUUUCUAAAGAAGAAGACACCAAAGAAAAUUAAAUAAAAAGAUAAAAGCUUAUGUAAAUUAUCAAUGAUAAAUACUUGUAUCUCCAAUUCAACAACCCAGUAGAUAAGCUACAUGAAUUUUAAAACGAAUAAGACUCUUUGAAAGAAGCAUAAUUAGGGUCUCGUUAAUACAGAACUAAUUUGGACCCAAAAAAUGUCACUUUAAAUACAUAUUUACAAAAAGCUUAUUAAAUUGAAAACCUAAAUAAAUUUUCUGUUUAUGCACUUCGAUAAUUAUAGUUUGAAGAAAUCUUGAAAUGUAGUGACAAUUGGAUUUAAGAAUAUUUAAACAUUCUUGCUAGUUCAAAAGCAUUAGAAGGUUUGGAUUUUGUUAUUCCAUUAUUUUAAAGACUUAUAAAAGGAUAAUUUCAAUUAGGAUCGAUUUUUACAGCCAUGAGUUUAUAAUAAAUGGAAGAGCUUUAAAAAGUUUACGAGGAUUUGAAAAAUAAUUUAGAUUUUAUAACAAACUACUAUGCCAAAAGAUUCGAUUCCUAGAAUGUCUAUCAUACUGAUGCUUUGAAAUAUAAAGAACAUUUGCAAGAAGUUUAAGAUUGGUAAAAGACACUGCCUAAAUAAUUUUAAUUUGAAUCAUUAGUCUUUAUCAAUUUAUUAAGUCUAAAUGAUAAAUAAAGUAAUUAUGACAUCCAUCUCUUUAUUUCAUAUCUUUAAACACCAUUAAAGGAAUAUCCUGGUAUCAAUUAAAAUAUAAGGGAUAGCAUGGGGAUAAUCAAAAUUUAAUUUAAUCCUAUAUCUCUACCAGUAGAACACGAUCAAAUUAUUUAUAGACAUCUUGAAUAUAUGAUUAAAAACGACUUAGAUUUAGAAUAAAUCUUAGAUUAUUUUGAAGAGAAUUAUUUGAAUAAAGCAAAGGCUUUGCUGUAUUUAUAGUUGGGGAAAGAUAUACCAAAUUUAAAUUCAAUUCUAACAGAAAAUGAAGUCCUUAAAUUACAGAAUGAAAAAUACAUUGAAUUUCAUUAGUAAACUAAACUACAACGAUUCUAACAUGGAGAAUCAGUUAAACUUUGCAUUUUCUUAAAGAAUAUUCCUUCAUUAUCUAUCAAAUUAUUCUAAAUUGACACACUUAAUUAUUAUUUACAAGACGAAUCACAGAAUUUUCUAAAUCUUAAUCUAAAAGGCUUGAUUCCUAAAAAUGAGAUGGUUUUUGAUUACUCAAAGGAUUUUAAGCCUACAUUAAAAAUGGAGAAAGAAAUCGAAUUUCAUGAAAUAAGUUAAUAAGAAAGAGGUAUAUUUAUCAUUGAGUUCUAUGGAAAUGGCAUAGUCUCAAGAGCAUUAAUCUAAAAAGGAAAUAUUUAAUUAAGGUAAAAAAAAACAGUUUCUUCAGGCCAUUGCUUUGAAAUUUUGAAUGAAAAUUUAGAAGUUUGCUGUUCCAAUACAACAGGACUUUGGCUGGACAAAUAAUUUUACAAGAUUGAUUAAGAAAGAAAGGAAAUUUUGAUUCCAUUUGGGAAUACUACUUAAAAUCAAAAAGUGAUAAUUACUCAUGAUGGGUUUGCAAAUAUACAAAGUAUAUAAAUCGAAUAAGAAUCAUACAAGUUAAAAUGUAGAGGAGUAAUCUCUGAAGAAUCCAUGAUCUUAGGAAAUUAAGCCAAAAUUUUGUUAUUCCCAAAGCUCUUUGGAAAUUAAAAUGUAAUUAGUUUGAAAUUGUUAAAAAAUGCAAUCAUUUUAGUUACAAUAUAUAAUGAAGAAAUGAAUCCAACUGUUUUUACAUUUGAUAAUGUAAAAUUUGAAGAUAGAAAGCCAUUUGAAAUGGAUAUACCUAUCAGUAAAUUUAAACAGAUUAGAAUUUAAGUUACUGCUUAAAUUUAAAGUAUGUUAAAUAAAUCAAUAAUUGAUCUAAAAGAUUAUAUUUCAAUAGUGGUUGAUGAGGAAUAUAACACCGAAUAUUUUAAUAAUCAGUAUCUAUAAUAAACUGAAGACUAGGGUUAUACAAUUUAUGUGUUAGGCAAGGCUGGAGAGCCUAAAAUCAAUGUAAAGCUAGAAUUAACAUUUCUAAUUCAGCAUUAUCAAAAAUUCACAGAAGUUUUUCAAACUGACGAAAAGGGAAGGAUACAUUUAGGUUAAUUGAAAAAUGUAACUUAAAUUAACUCAAAGCCGCUUGAACCUUAAGCAAUAAAUCAAAACCCAAGGAAUUGGAUCAUUUCUAACCUAGACACAUAAAAUAUUCCAAAUCAAAUAAAUGCAUUAUCAGGUUAAACUAUCACAUUACCUGUUUCUAUUGAAAAGGAAAAUUUACUAUUAUAUAAAAUACAUAAGAAUUAAAUAAUUGACUAUUUCUCAUAAACUUGUGUUUUAGAAAACAAUAAGUUAAGCUUUACUUUAACUGAACCCGGAAAUUAUGAGUUAUAAUUAAUGGUUGAUAAUAACCCUAAAGUAACUUAAAUAUAAAUUUUUAAAGGAAAACCUAAAAAUGAUAUUGAUGGAUUUAUAAACGACGAUAAAUUAAUACUAGACUAAUAAUUAAAUCAUCUAAUUUCAAUUUAAAAUAUAAAAAAAAUACAUGAAGAGUCAAGCGUGAAGAUUACUGGAUCAAUAUGUUCAAACCGCCCAGUAAUUCUUUUUGCACUAGUUGAAACAUUUUAUAAAUAACCCAAUAUUAUUAUACAACAAAUGAAAAAUAUACUAUAACCUGAGAAGAAAGAGGAAUUCCAAAUGUUUAAAAACUAAGUUGAAGUGAAAUAAAACACUAAAAUUUCAGAAGAAGAACAAUAUGUAGAAAAUAGAAAAAAACAGGAAACAUUUAUUGGCAAUACUUUAGAGAAACCUCAACUAUUACUUAACAGAUAAUGUAUCAGAGAGUGUAUAAACGAAAGGGAAUUGCUAAAUGAAGAAAAAUGUAGCCCAUCAAAUAAUCAGUGUCUUCCUUGUUCAGAUCUUAGGGCAUAAAACAAAGACUAUUCAGGAGAAGAUUUAAAUAUGAUCUCAAUUUUCUGUAAAUUGGAUUUUUUGAAAUUCCCUGGAAAAUUAAUUACGCUAGAAUUGAAUGGAAGCAAUGAUGACAAAGAAGGCAAAGAAUUCUCUUUAUAAAUUCCUAAUAGCUAUUCUCAAAUUACUCUUUUUGCUGUAAAUGAUUAUAAUUAUGCCCACUAAUAAGUCUUAUUAGCUUAGUGUGGAAUUAGCACAAGAAGCCUUGAACAUCAAACAAAUCUUAAAAAAGAUAAAUGUUAUAAUAUCUCUAGGAAUUCUUAAGCAUUUAAAAAGGGAGAAAGUAUCUACAUUAAUGAUGUAACAGCCACUUAAAUAAAGAUUAUCGAUUCUCUAGAAAAAGUAUAUAGAGAAUUAGUAUCAUUAAAUAAUAAUGGAAAAAAUUUGAGAGAAAAAGAUCUACUAAAUUGGGAAUUUCUAAUAAAAUGGAAUUUAAAAACAUUAGAACAAAAACACUAACUCUAUAAUGAAUACUAAAGUGAUGAGUUAAAUUUAUUUUUAUUUUUCAAAGACUCCCCCUACUUUGAGGUUUAUGUUAAAAAUUACAUUAGGUGUAAAAUUGAAAAAAAUGUAGUUGAUCAUUUUUUAUGUUAAAAUGAUGCAGAAUUAGAAAGGUAUCUCUCAAUUUACACUUUUAACUCUUUAAACACAAUCGAAUAAAUUUUAUUACUGGUUUAUUCUUAGGAAAUAAUACAAAAUUAUACUCUCUCUAAAAAUAUAUAUUCUUAUUUGCAAUAAAAUCAUGAUAUUCUCCCAUUUGAUUAAAUUUAAGCUUAACGCCUUUUCGACACUGUUUUAACUUCUCAAGAGGCUAAGGAAAUGAAAAACAAUAAUAAUAAUAACAAUAAUAACCCAACCAAUCCAUUUUAACCCCCAAAUUUAGGAGGGAUGCAUUAAAAUAGACCUCCUCCACCCCCCCCACCACCACAUUUAUAUCCAACCUCAUCAACAGGCUUUAGGUUUGGAGGAUUAAUGCCUCCUCCACCUCCUCCACCACCUCCACCAGGAGGAUCAAUGCCUCCUCCACCUCCUCCCUCAAAUCCUUUCUCCACUUCAACUACUACCACAAAAAAAUCAUUGUUUGGAAUUCUUAAAUCAAAAAAUAUAGUAGAAGACAAAAUCGGCUUAUUGCAAUAGUUGUGCUAGAGAAAAGUAGCAUUAGGUAGAAAAGAUAAUGAUUUCAGUGAUGAUUCAAGUGACGAUGAGCACUAUAACGAAUAGAGAUAACAAUAUAUUUAAAAUUAUAAAAACGUUGAAAAAACAAAAGAGUAUGGGGAACGACAUUCCUAUUAUUAUAAAGAUUAAAUUGUACCAGUAAGGUUAAAUAAAUUUUUUAUAGAGUUGGCUAAGUACACAAUGAAUGAAGGAAUUUUAAAUAAAUCUUCUUUUAUUACUUCUGAAAUUAUUCAUUACGAUACAUUUUCUGAAUUCGUUUUUAUUCUUUCUAUUUUAGAUCUGCCUUUCUAAAAUGUAAAAUAAUAGUAUUAUUAAUUCUAAGAAAAAGGCAUGUAAAUUGUAUCGGAAUCUAAUUUAAUUUAUUAUAGUUAAGAAAUUAAAGAAAUAGAUAUCUAGUUAAGAAAUGAUAUUCUUAUAACAUAACUAUUCUUUGACUAGCAAAAUAGAAAAAAGGAAUUUUUAUCAUCAUAAGAAUUUUUAACAAAUCAUAUUUAUGGAUCAUUAAUAAUCAUUUCCAAUUUCUCCAAUGAUGAUAUUAGUACUUAAAUCUUCGUCGAAAUACCAAAUGGUGCAAUUCCAAUAAUCUCACCCUUUUAUUCAAAAUAAAUUAACAUAUCUUGCAAUUCAUUAUCUACUGCUAGAUAUACAUAUUACUGGUAUUUUCCAAAAAAAGGCACAUUUUCUAUUCAUCCUGCCUGCUUGACUAUUUUUGAUAAAGUGGUAGCUAUAGCAACACCUCAAGAAUUUAAUGUGGUUGAUUUUAAAGCCAAUCCUAAUUUAGAGGUAAUAGAAGACAUAUUAGGGACUGGAAAUAAGACUAAUAUUUUAAAAUUCUUGGAAAGCAAAAAUAUAUUUGAUGAAAAAGUGUUUAAAUCAUCUCAAAUAGUCCAUCUAUAUGAGGAUAAAGACUUUUAUUUGAAAGUUCUAAAUAUAUAUAAGGCAAAGAAAUUUUAAGACUCCUAAAUCCUUAAUUAUGCUGUUUACCAUGCAGAUUUUGAAGGCUUAAAGGAAUUUUUCUAGCAAAAGCAUAUUAUUGAUAAAUUUAAUUCCAUUAAAUAUUUCAAAUGCUCUCUUUUUGAGAUCAAAAACAUUAAAAUGCUUGAGUAUUAUCCAUUAAUUACAAAGCGUAUUCAUAAACUUAAAUAAGAUGAAUAAGGAAUUCUUAACGUUGAUCUCAGGAAACAAUAUAAAGAUUAUCUAUAGUAUUUAAUUGAAAAACCAGUUCACUCGAUUUAAGAUAAAUUGGGAUUCUCCUAUUACCUCAUAUUGUAAGAAAGAAUAACAGAAGCUGUAAAAGUGCUGAACUCUAUAUAAGUGCCUAAAAAUGCUGACAAUUCCGAAUUGCAAUAUGAUUAUUUUAAAGCUUAUUUUGACUUUUAUGUUGGUUAUCCUAAUUUUCAAGAAGCUAGAAGAAUUUGUGAAAAAUAUUUGAAUUAUCCUGUUAUUUAUUGGAGAAAUUUGUUUUAUGAAAUCGCUAAUUUAUUAGCUGAAUUUGAUGGUGAUGAUGAUCAAAAAGAAGUUGGAUUAGAUAAAGAUUAACAUUAAUAGUUGAAGUAAUUAGUCUUAAAGGAGGAAACGUUAUCAUGCCACAUUUAAGGAACUAACAUAAUGCUUUCUUAUUCAAAUCUCAGCCAAGCUACAAUCAUGUUUUAUAAUUUGAAUUAAGAAGUAGUAUUUUCUAUUGAUCCGUUUUAAUUAAAUAAAAGCAAAGACUAUUAAAUUAUAAAAUCAUAUCAUGAAAUUAAAUUGAAAUUAGAAAAUGAAAAAGAAGGAAUAAUAUAUAAGAAAGUUAUAGAAAUCCCAUUGCACAUCUAAAAGCAUAAUCUAUUUAUCUAGGUUAAUGGUAUUCAUAAGAAAUGUUUCUAAAGCUAUUCUUCAAAUAGAUUAGUUGUCAAUAUUAUGGAAAAUUGUGGUUAAUUAAAAGUGUGUGAUUAAAAUGGAAAGUAUUUGUCAAAAGUUUACGUGAAAGUCUAUGUAAAAUAGAAAACUUAAGAAUGUUAUUUCUAUAAGGAUGGUUAUACUGAUUUAAGAGGUAGAUUUGAUUAUGCUUCCUAAAAUUCAGAAGAAAUUUCCCAAGCAUAAUCUUUUGCCAUUUUGAUAUCAGAUGAGUUUUACGGAUCUACUGUAAAGGAAGUGAAAACACCAUCCAUUUUAGGAAAAUGUGAAGGAGAUGUCAAGCUUGUUUCAACUAUAUGGUAGAAAAAAGUUGAACAUUAAAAGAUAAAUAAAUAUUUAACGUGAUGAGUGAUUAUAUUUAAUACCAUUGACAAAUAAAAAUAUUAACUCCUUUUA